CUUCUCUGUGUUACUUUAAUUUCAGAUGGCACAAUAGACCAUUUUGAAGACUCGAUCCAGGACCCCACUAUCCAUGAGUGUCCAGUUGGUGAAUUCCCAGUAACUUACAAGAUAGUGGAACAGGGCUCAAAGCGGGGCAAAGUAAAAUUGAUAGACAGCAAUGGAUACACAUACAAUAUCAAGUCCCGAGGGGUGAACGUCGUUUACUGGCAGUGUUCGGUGAGGCCCAAAGUAAAUCCCUGCAAGGCAUUGGUGAUAGAACGCGACAGUAGUUUCCAAUCCAACAGCACCAGUCACAACCACCAGCCAGCUGCCGGGGCAGCCACUGCUGCAGAGAUCAUGGUUGCAGUAAAGGCAGAGGCAAUGAAAGAUUUGUUCAAACCUGCACCAGCUAUUGUUAAUGAGGUUCUCCUUGAGAAACUUGACGGACCAUGUCCAAGCCUUUCAAAACCAAAGUUAUUGGCGCAAGCUGCAAACCGGCUUAGACAAAACACCAGGCCCAAAGACCCAGUAGACCUGGAUUUCAGUUUGGAAGAAGAUCACAUUCCUGAUGGCUUCUUUCAAGCAGAUGUGACUGUCAACAGUAGACGCCAUCUUGUCUUCGCCACCGAAAACCAACUUCAGUUCCUCAGCAAAGCCAAGACCUGGUUUAUAGAUGGUACCUUCAAGUUGUGCCGCCACCCUUUCACCCAACUCUGGACCAUCAAUGCGUAUGCUAGAUGCGAGGACCACGUGAAACAGGUCCCAUUGGUCUUUGUCUUGAUGUCUGGCAAGAAGAAAAAGGAUUAUCGAAAGGUCAUGAAGACUAUUCUGGACCUUCUGCCACAGAACCCAAAGGUUAACCAGGUCAUGAUUGACUUUGAAAAAGCAAUGUGGAAUUGCCUCCGUGAAGUCCUUCCAGACGUGARGGUGAAAGGCUGUGUAUUCCAUUGGACACAAGCUCUGUGGAGAAAGAUUCAAGACCUUGGGCUUCAAACAGCAUACCAAUCGGAUGAUGGCACCUUCAAGUAUCUCCGUAGAAUAAUGGCCUUACCAUUCCUGCCUCCAAGUGAAAUACCAGCAAUGUUUAACUGUCUUCAGCUGCAAGCCACCACUGAACCCCUCCAGAAGUUUGUGGAGUAUGUCGAUAGCACCUGGAUACAAAGCACUACCUGGCCUCCCUCCAGCUGGAGUGUGUACAAGCAGCAGAUCCGCACCAAUAACGACGUGGAAGGAUGGCAUAAUGGCCUUAAUAGACGUGCCUCAGGAAGAGCCCAGAUG